CUACUGAGUGUCUUGCUGGACCAUUUCUGAAACAGUUAAGAGUCAACCAUGCUCCUAUUGUUUUGGAUUCAAAUGUGGACAAGAUCAGCACAGCGCAGCAGCCAAUAUGAUCGAAAGCUCCAUGGCGAUGGCAUCCCCGGAAAGUUACGUGUAUCAGAUGGAGGCGGAAAGUUACGACAGUCUGCUGGAGAGGAUCACUUUCGGCGAGGCCGCCUGCAUGCAACUGACUCCACCGGUCCCUGCAGAUCUCUCCGGUUUCCCGUGUACCGAACCCCCCAGACUGAGGCACCCUGACGACAUGCCAAUGCUGUCCUGCGCCGAGCGCUCCUGCACGGAUGCCUUUGCAAACGAUGCCUACCCGACCUGGCACUAUUACUCCCCGCUCCCCUUCGCCAGCCCGUUCGGAGGGGGCUACGACUAUUCCUACGAGCCGGCCUUCAUCCGCAAGCGCAACGAGAGGGAGAGGCAGAGGGUGAAGUGCGUGAACGAGGGCUACGCGCAGCUGAGGCAGCACCUGCCGCAGGAGCUCACUGACAAGAGGCUCAGUAAAGUGGAGACCCUCCGGGCCGCCAUCAAAUACAUCCGGGAACUACAGGCGCUGCUGGCCGUGCACGCGGAGCACGCCGAGCACCAGCCGCCCGCCGACGCCGUCUCCCAGGCAACGGAUGCCCUGGAAACGGCCGCCCACGGGGCCGUCUCUGGGGACGGGGCUAGCAAGCGGCAAAUCCGCCACUGAGGCGGUGGGGGCGAGACCAAGAACCAGCGCAGCUCACUCCCUGCUCACCUCCCAAUUCACCCCACUCCCUGCUCACCCCAUUCCCUGCUUACCUCCCAAUUCACCCCAUUCCCUGCUCACCUCCCAAUUCACCCCACUCCCUGCUCACCCCAUUCCCUGCUUACCUCCCAAUUCACCCCAUUCCCUGCUCACCUCCCAAUUCACCCCACUCCCUGCUCACCCCAUUCCCUGCUUACCUCCCAAUUCACCCCAUUCCCUGCUCACCUCCCAAUUCACCCCACUCCCUGCUCACCCCAUUCCCUGCUUACCUCCCAAUUCACCCCAUUCCCUGCUCACCUCCCAAUUCACCCCACUCCCUGCUCACCCCAUUCCCUGCUUACCUCCCAAUUCACCCCAUUCCCUGCUCACCUCCCA